AAUACAUGCGUCCAAAACUAUGAUCACGAUUAGCGACUUUUCUGCUUAUAUCACUGUUGAUGGUCAACCUUGUCAAGAAUAUGGCGUCGAUGUGUCUCAAGAGACGAAAACGGCGAAGUGUUGGAUAGCAUCUGAAGUUGGCAAGGUGCAUGGCUUACAUGAAUGGUAGCGUUAGAGCUCAUUGACUCAUCUUCUCAGGAAUACGAGGUGAACUGGAAAGCUUGCGCACUAGAAGACUCAGUCAGCGCAAGAGUCAGGAUCGACGGGCACCAAUGCCAGACUCAGUUGAGGCGAACGGCACAGGCCGGUUUCAUGCGUCCGAUAAAGGGUAUGAGAACUGGACCUACAACCCGACAUCGUUUCACUUUCUCAUCCGUAAAAACGACUGACUCUGACGACAUAUUUUUAAAUUCAAAUUCGGAAGUGGGAGAAAUCUGGCUCACCAUUCAAAAUACGAGAAUCACCAAGACGAACGUUCCAGUCAAUCCCACAUCGGUGCCUCCCGAGCAAAUUUUCCACGAAACCACAAAGAAAUGUAUAAACCACCAAACUAGUUUCCGACCAACGACAACUCCACAAAAAACCUUCACGGAUGGUGUGGAUUAUGGUGAUCCCCUGGCAAUUUUUUGCUUCAAUUAUCGACCUCUGGGCAUUCUACAAGCAAACGGGCUGGCACCACCACCAACUCCCCAACGUUCACCUAAACGAUCUCGUAGUAGUAAAAAACCCGAUGCAGAGGACGUGAAGCCAAAGCGUUCGCCUACACCGACCUUUAACUCGAGGUUACUGGGCUCAAAACGAUCUCGUAGUUGUAUAAAUUCCGAUACAGAGGACGUGAAAACAAAGCGUUCACCUACACCAACCCUCAACUCGAGGUUACUGGGCUCAAAACGAUCUCGUAAUAAUGCAAAUCCCGAUGCAGAGGAUGUGAAACCACAGUUGGAUAUCAGCGAAGACAAAGACGAUGCGAUGCUUCGUGGCCUACAGAAUCAAACUGAAGCUGUUCGUGCCAGGCAGAAAGCCAAUGCGCAAUCGUCCCGGAAGAAAAUCAAAAGAGAACCCGUAGUGGCCGUAACAACAAUUGAUCUCACGCUGAGCGAUUGAUCUUUUUUUUUUUGAGUUUGGUGUAUGGGCCUGUGCAACCGAGUACACAUAUUUUUUUGUUCAUAUUUGACGAUCUCGAGGUAUUAACACGUCUCACUAUCCUGGCUACUGACUUAUAUUGCGACUAUAAACCCGUACUCAAAAGCACAAGGUGGGACCUGGAUAACAAUCGGUGGCAAAGGCUGUGAAGAUUUGGCGUCCAUUUGUUUGAAGAGAGGAGUACAACGACGUGUUGGAUAGCCUCUGAAGGUUCAAAGUUUGUGGCAUGGAGUAGAACUCGAGUUCGAUCGAUUCAGCGUGAGAUCUUGUCUCCAGGAAUACGAAGUCAAUUGAAGCUUUAGCACCUCACUGUGUACAGUUUAUUGCCGAAUAAGAAUCGACGCUGGCGAUAGCUCCUCCACCAUCCUCAACGCAUCUCACCUCCAC